UGGACUUAACUCGUACAAUCUCUUCCGGUCCAAUUGAAAAGAAUCAAAAGAUCCUUUGAAGUAACGGCGUGGCUGCGGCUGGAAAAUCAUCUCCGGUUGUGAAAAAUGACCGGAAUAGUGGUGCUGUUCGACUUCGAUCGGACGAUAAUUGACGGCGACAGCGACAAAUGGGUGGUAGUGGAGAUGGGUCUGACCCAAUCGUUCCAGCAGUUGCGCUCCAUCUUGCCUUGGAACACUCUCAUGGAUAGGAUGUUGCACGAGCUGCACUCACAGGGGAGAACAAUUGAGGAAAUUGAGGAGUGUUUGAAAAGGGUCGCAAUAAAUCCAAGAAUCGCGGCGGCCAUUAAAGCAGCCCAUGAUUUUGGAUGUGAUUUAAAGGUAGUUAGCGAUGCCAAUAACUUCUAUAUUGAGACAAUCUUGAAACAUCAUGGGUUAUCAGGAUUUUUUUCGGAAAUUUACACAAAUCCAACCUCUGUGGAUGAAGUAGGAAGGCUAAGGAUCUUCCCUUACCGUGAUUUCACAUUAGCUCCUCAUGGUUGCAGUCUAUGCCCUUAUAACAUGUGCAAGGGUCUUGUGAUUGAGCAGAUACGUGCUGCUGCUUCUGAAAACGGGAAGAAAAGAUUCAUCUAUGUUGGAGAUGGGAAAGGUGACUUCUGCCCAAGUUUGAAGCUGGGACAUGGAGACUAUGUGAUGCCAAGGAAAAAUUAUCCUCUAUGGAAUCUCAUUUGCGGUGACCCCAUGCUCAUCAAGGCACAAGUCCUUGAAUGGAGUGAUGGAGAGGAGCUGGAGAAGGUGCUACUCCACCUUAUCGACACAAUCUCCAUUGAAGAGAACAUCAGCAAUGGGACUUCUACUCAAUCUAAAUCAUCCCAAUCACAAGUUUCAGAGAAUGCAGGGUCCCACCCAUGAAGCAAAUCAUCAAACACCCCCUAAUCCUCGCUAGCGACUCAUCUAGAGAUGGUCUGACUGCGUCAACUGUCAAGUGAUGAUCAAAACAACAAAUACAGAUAAGCCUUUCUGGUUUGGGAACCUGUUUCAGGAAUUUGCUCUACCCAGCUUACAGGUUGUUGGGUAUGCCCACGUGGUCAAAAGUAAGCCACAUUGUCAAUUCUGUAUCAUUGUUCCUGGGUCAUCUAAGUGGUAGGUGUACUUGUAUUUUUUGUCACAGACAGAAUUCAAAAUGGUAUGCAACUCUGAGGGCCAUUCAUGUUGUGACAUUUCAUAUUUUUAGGUUUUGCUGACACUUUUACUAAGAUAUACUUGGAAAAGUUUUUGGGAA